AUGGCCGGCUUUGCUGAUACUCUUCGAGGCAACGGCCUAGCUAGGGCUCACAGAGCUCUGGCAGAAUUAGAGGCAGAUCCACAUCAACUGAAUCGGGAAAGGCAGCGGUUCAGCCAUUCUCCACCAGCAUAUACAUCAAAUCUAUCUGGCGGGACCACUCGAUCUGCAAGUCCAAUCUCUCCAAGCGAGGAGAGCCGCAAGCAGCGACGAAUGCAGCUGGCAGGAGAGCGCGAGGCCUCAAUACCAUACAACCAAUUCGAGCAACAGGUAGAAGUAGAGAGGAAGCGGAUCUGGGAUGCGGAUCUGAAUGGAUCACACCGUAUACCGGCUGGGUCUGACCCUUACAUGAUUGCUACCGAGAUGAUUAAGAAGCGCUGGAUUGAGCAGGGGAUUUGGAAGGAUAACUGGAACACAUUCGCGUUUGGGCGGUGGAAGCACGAAAAGCCGCUCGAGAUGGAGUCGGAGGCGGAACUGGAGAAAGAUCUGGAAACAGAAUCCUCGCCUCUUUUAUUUUCUUCAGUCCCAAAGCCAAAGUCUGAACCACGGCAGCCGAAGAGCGAUGAAGAGAAACGACAGACUGUCGAGCGGCGAGCCGUACGGGAGCGUGAACGCGAGGCUUCACGUCCAUACCAUCAGUUCGUCUACCAGAUAUCCCAAGAGCGUGAACGAAUCCAGGCAGAAUCCGCGAAUGAUGAAGGCGCACAUACUACUGACAUCAACACGAGAGCAUACGAGAAUCUCUUGAACACGUGGACUAAGCGAGGAUUGUGGAACAAAAAAUGGGGUGUACUCCCGGGGAUGUCGUGGAAGCAUGAACAGCCUUUCGAGGAGAUGCUUGGGGAGGAAAUGGGUGAUGAUCCUGUUCCAGCAAAUCCACUUGUGAAUGACAGCCAUGAUGCACCUGCCAUACGGCUUUUUAGGUCUCCUCCCGUUCAAUCUGAUCUUUUCUUGAAUGCAUCUCAACAAGGACCACCUGCAGUCAUUGCUUCGGCCGAACCAUAG